GUUACUGCUUGCUUAGAAAUUUUUACGUCUGCCAGAGGGUAUAAAAGUAAAAAAAGUCUUAUCCACUCUGCAUUUAUGUGGGUGGAUACUGUGACAUUUUUUGUUAUCGAUACUUUGCUCAAAUAUACAUAUUUAAAGUUGGAAAGUUUUAUUUCUAACAAUAGAUAAGAAAAUUGACAAACAGAUUUAUAGGCAAAAAUAUAAGAGCUCUUCAUCAGUGUAUGCAAUUUGCUGGUAACAGUGCAAAAAGGACUCUGCAGGUUUUCUUAGGGACUCAAAGUAUUAAGUGAUCAACAAUACAUUUUUGGUGUAACUGUUCUGCAAAGAUUUUAAUUCAAGACUUCUGAAGCAGUUACACAGUACUCACACGUGCACAUACAACACAUACACACACACACACACACACACACACACACACACACACACACACACACACACACACACACACAAACAUUUAGCCAUUGUGCAAUGUCACAGACUACAAACGUAUACCUGGUUACAGGUGCUAGCGGAUUUCUUGGUCAGUGGAUCAUAAAGCAAAUGCUGAAAGAAGAGGAGAUCCAUGAAAUCAGAAUGAUGGACAAAGUGAUCAACCCAGAAUUACUGAAGCUCAAGGAAGAAUGCAAUAGCAAAAUGCAGCUUAAAACAUUUGAAGGAGAUAUCAGAGAUAAGGCAUUACUCCAGAAGGCUUGCUGUGGUGUAAAAACUGUCAUUCACACUGCCUGCAUAAUUGAUGUAAUUGGUGCUGUGGAAGAGGAAGAACUGGAAGGAGUUAACGUUAAAGGAACGCAGCUUUUACUGGAGGCCAGCAUCCAGGAAAAUGUCAAAUUCUUCAUCUACACAAGCAGCGUGGAAGUGGUUGGACCAAAUGCACAGGGUGACCCAAUCAUAGACGGUGAUGAAGACACAGUCUACAAAACUAAUUUAAAAUUCCCAUACAGUAAAACUAAACAUAAAGGAGAGCAGCUAGUUCUGAAAGCAAAUGGACAACAAUUAAAAAAUAAUGAGAAAAUGGUUACCUGCACUUUACGCCCAAUGUACAUAUUUGGAGAAAAUAGCAAAUUUAUUUUACGUUAUAUAGACGAUGCUAUUAAAACAGGAAAUAUUUUAGUGCGCAACUCCAGGCCUGAGGCUCUAGUAAACCCUGUCUAUGUUGGAAAUGUUGCUUGGGCACAUGUUUUACUAUCCAAGGCAUUACAAGAUCCAGAAAAGGCUAGAAGGAUUGGUGGGAAAUUUUAUUUUAUUUCUGAUGAUACACCACACAUGAGUUAUGCUGACUUAAACUAUGAAGUAGCAAAGGAUUUGGGAUUUAGAAUUCAGCCAAGGUUGACAUUGCCCCUACCACUGCUGUAUGUUAUUGCUUUCCUUCUGGAGCUAGUGAGAGAUAUAUUAAAACCCUUUAUUAGGUACACACCAUACAUUAACCGACCUCUGUUGACUAUGCUUAACACACCAUUUUCUUUCAUUUACAAAAAAGCUAAGAAGGACUUUGAUUAUUCUCCAUGCUACAGCUGGGAAGAAGCAAGAAAAAGAACCAGUGAAUGGAUAGCAUCAGUUUUACCUCAGCACAGAGAGUAUGUCAAAUGUCCAAGCAAUACUUAUAAAACACUCUGCAAGUGAGCUAAGGAAAACUUGCAUUAAUAUUCCAUUCAUAAAAGCAAUUACUUUUUCCUUUUUUUUAAUUUUCCUUCCACACCACCAGCCUUUUUUAUUAUUACUUACUCAUUCUUCUUACUACUGCAGCAUAGUGAAACUGAACCAGUAAUGGUCCAUUAUCCCAAUGUGAGGUGUUUUAUUCACUAUCCCCAUCUCCUCCUCCUGGAAUCCGGUAUGUGUGCCCCCCCAACAGUAAUCGAUCCAAACAUACAUAUACUAUUACCUGUGCCUCAUGCAGUGAACUAUUAUGCAAAUACUGCCUGGUGAACCAAUACAUCUGAUGUUAGUCCUUCUCCUGUUGCCACUCCAACUGGUCUCCAAGAGGUGGAAGUUGUCUUGUAACUGAAAUGACUUACCACACACCUGGAUUAACUAGAUCACCAUAGCUACUCACUGUCAUUCACUCUUGCCAGUUCUACUAUCCUCUGGAAUGCUAAUCAAGUCCUUCUCUCUUGAGCCACAAUAAGGACUUUAUCUCUGUUCUCCAAAGAGCUGGUCUAGCACAGUUAAUUUUGAUAUAUAUUAUUUAACAAAUAAAUAUUUGAUAUAAUUUUAUAAAAAUGCAGAUCUUUUAGUGUGAGAAUGUUAUGCAUACAGAUACAUAUGUACAUGUAGAUACACACCACACACACACACACAC